UGUCUCGUUGUCACUGUCACUCUCUGCAAAUUGCGGCGCACGCGCAGUGAGUCUCCUUGGCAGUGUCCUGUCCUGGCUGCUCGGUGACAGCGCUAAAACGAGCUAGCUGUCAAUCCCGCCAUCAACAGCCGCAACCCCGCAGAAGCUGCUUGGCAUCGCAUCAUGGCUGUCCCACCUUCAUACGCUGACCUGGGCAAGUCUGCCAAGGAUAUUUUCAGCAAAGGCUACGGCUUUGGACUUGUGAAGCUGGACGUGAAGACCAAAUCCCAAAGUGGAGUGGAGUUCAACACGUCGGGGUCCAGCAACACGGACACAGGCAAAGCGGCGGGCAGCCUGGAGACCAAGUACAAGAUGAAGGAGUUGGGCCUGAGCAUCAACCAGAAGUGGAACACGGACAACACGCUGGCCACCGAGGUCACGCUGGAGGACCAGCUGACUCAAGGACUGAAGGUGGCCUUGGACACAUCUUUUGUUCCAAACACGGGCAAGAAAAGCGGCAAGCUGAAGACAGGCUACAAGCGUGACUACGUCAACCUGGGCUGUGACGUGGACUUCGAGGGUCCCAUCAUCCACGCCGCCGCCGUGCUGGGCUACGAGGGCUGGCUGGCGGGAUACCAGAUGGCCUUUGACACCGCCAAGUCCAAGCUGGCUCAGAACAACUUUGCACUGGGCUACAAGGCCGGAGACUUCCAGCUGCACACCAACGUCAACGACGGCACGGAGUUCGGCGGCUCCAUCUACCAGAAGGUGAACGGGCAGCUGGAAACGGCGGUCAAUCUGGCGUGGACGGCCGGCAGCAACAACACCCGCUUCGGCAUCGCCGCCAAGUACAAAGUGGACUCGGACACGUCUCUGUCGGCCAAAGUCAACAACGCCAGUCUGAUCGGCGUGGGCUACACUCAGAGCCUGCGACCAGGCGUCAAAGUCACGCUGUCGGCGCUGAUCGACGGCAAGAACUUCAACGCCGGCGGCCACAAAGUGGGAAUGGGCUUCGAGCUGGAGGCGUGAAGACAGCAGCAUGAAGCUCCUCCCCCACACGCAUGUUGACAGUGGAGUUGUAGUCUUGUCAACAAUGUUUUUAAGUUCACAUUUCAAUGUUGAGGGUUGUUGCCGUGACGACCAAACCUAGAACCAUGGGAUGUGGAAUCAAUGCGGUGGAAUCUUCGAGUUCCACUCUUUGCUUUUCUACCUCAUUCUUUUUCAUCUCCAACAUCUUUCCUUUUGUGUUGCUCACUACACUCCUUCCUUCUCACGCCACGCCUCCUUUUACUACAUUACCUAGGACAUAAUAAAUAUUUAAAUCAAA